AUGCCCAACGCAAUUCCAACAGCCGACGCUGCUCGUCUCUUCAUGUCACUUCGUAAUGUAGACAGCCUGAUCAAAGAGCGCGGGAGUCAAGGUAUCGAUAAAGGCGAGCGCGUUUCAUGGCUACUGAGGGAUGCUGCUAUUGAUAUGCCGCGCUACCAGCCUGCUAUCUUGAAGUUAGUGGAGACUGUACGAAGUCUUCCGGAGCUUGAUAGAACUGAGGAACAGGUCCGCACAUCACGAUUUCAGGACAUGCUAGAAAAGUGGAGGAAUCUAGAAGCAUUUGAGGAAAUCUGGCAAGAUAUUGAUAGCCAUGAGUGA